AUGCCUUCAGCCAUAUCUCCUGAACCAGCGUCUCUGCCCAAAUGGCAACGGCCAGCGAAGACCAAGUACGAACUGCCUUGGGCAGACAUCGCUGUGAUUGACAUUAGCAAGUUUGACCAGCCAGGCGGAAAGAAGCAGCUUGCUGAAGAACUUCGACAAGCUGUCCACGAAACCGGCUUCUUCAGUCUCGUCAACACCGGCUUCACACCUGAGGAAGUGCAGCGCCAAUAUGACAUUGGCCAAGGCUUCUUCAACCUUCCCGUCGAAGACAAGGCCAGACCCGGCAACACGUGCGACUUUUCCAAAGGCAACUACUUUGGAUAUAGAUCGGCGCAUGAUAAGAAAAUGCAGGGGACGGAUGUGCUCAACAACGUCGAAUCCGUCAACAUUGCCAAGUUUAUCCCAAACUACGAAGACGAACCAUUCCAUCCAUUCUUCGAACCUUUUCGGCAUGAAAUUGAAGACUUUUCAAGACGUUCCCUCGACCUCGCAAGCAAAGUCUUUACCCUCUUCUCCAUCAUCCUCGAGUUGCCAGAAGACUACUUCUCCUCCCGCCACGCCUACGCGUCCCCGAGCGAAGACCACCUCCGCUACAUGGGCUACCACCCGCGGCCCCUCGCCGACGACCGCAAAGUCGGCAACACUUGGUCGCGCGCCCACACCGACUUUGGCUCCCUCACCCUCCUCUGGAGCCAGGACGUCGCAGGUCUCCAGAUCAAGACGUCGGGCUCGGGCGGCGCGUGGCGCUACGUCCCGUCCGUGGACGGCGGCAUCGUCUGCAACGUCGGCGACACGCUCGAUUUUUGGUCCGCGGGGUACCUCAAGUCGACGACGCACCGCGUCGUCCGGCCGCCCGAGGACCAGGCUCAUUUAUUCCGGCAGGGGUUGUUCUACUUUGUGCGGCCCGGUGACGAGGUCGAUAUCAAGCCUGCGCCGUCGCCGCUGCUCAAGAGGCUGGGGCUUGUCGGGGAAGACGCGGAGGAGGCUGCGCCGGUGAGGGGGUUGCAGUAUGUCAGGGAACGGGUGAGGGAUUAUCACGAUCACAAUGACUAUGCAGAUAUGAAGGGGAAGAAGUUUCGGGUGGGCAAUCUUGAGAUUGAAGACGAGGCGGAGUGA